AAUGCAGGUUUGAAAUCAGCUAAAGGCUACAGCACAGAGCUAGUGUGAUUAUUCAAAACUUACUGGUUUGACAGGUGAAUUUAGCAGAUUGAAAUGUUCUUGGUAGUGGGAAGUCAGUUGUAAUUAUGCAGUGAUUAUUUCUAGAGAAUAUUCAACUGCUGCCGCCAAAGAAACAGCAUUGUUUUAGAGGCGUUUCCAUCCGAAGACAAUUAUAUCUGAGCACUGGGAACUAUUAAUACGUCAACCUUUGUAUUACUACAGGUAGAGUAGGAUUUAUUAGGCUGAGCAGAGGGCAGCACAGUAGUUGAGACUGAGCAGUUGUUUGUUUGAUAUAAGGACUUUGAUCGUGUGCAGCUCGCUGACUGACAAAGCACGCAAAAGCUCUGCAUGAUGCCUCACCAGACGGACAGAUUGUCCUAUAAAUCUCCACCCAUUGUUCGCAGCACUUUGAUUCUCCAUUACGCUGUUGCCCUUCUUCUCCUGACACACUCGAAUGAAGGUCAGUCUCAGGUGAUUGGUCAAUCUCAGUCAAUAGUGGCAUUGGUCGGCAAUGACAUCACUUUGCCAUGCCCUGUGAAACCUGCCACGGAUACCGUUAACGAGAUGCUGGAGUGGUCGAGACCUGACCUGAACCCCAGAUUUGUCCAUGUGAGGCACUCCGGUGACGACCGACUGGUUGAUCAGAAUCCUUCCUACAAGGAAAGAACAUCAGUGUCCAUCGACGGCCUGAAACAGGGGGAUGCUUCACUGACACUCUCCAAAGUGAAACUCUCUGAUGAAGGAACAUACAUAUGCUUCAUUCCAUGGUUGAAUACAGAAUCCAGUGUUCAGCUUGUUGUUGUAUCAUCCCCUGUCAUCGAGAUAACCAAAGUCAGCAGGUGUAUACAAGUAUAG